AUGGCUGAAGAAGAGCAUUUUGAUGCAUCUGCAUCAACAUCCAAGCCUGUUGGAUAUCCAGGAGGACCGUAUGAUACAUCGCUGUUAGUUAAGUACGAACAUCAUGUUGCUAGACAUAUAUGGUUCGGUGAGGAGAGAGGGUCGAAGAAAGAAUUAAAGGUAGCGGGACAUGGGUUGAAGUUGAUUCAGAGGGUUCCAUUACAGCUACCCAGAGACAUGGAGGGCUGGAUAUCUAGGUCUGGUCUAGCUUCACUCCAGAGAACCAAUUUAACAAAGAUAGACACGAACCUAGUUUCCGCCUUUGCAGAGAGAUGGCAUCUAGAGACAUCUUCAUUUCACAUGUCGUUUGGUGAGAUGACGUAUCUUGCCUGCUUCACUUGCCCAUCAGGGGAGUUUUCUGGAGCCCUCAAGAUAUCAGUGAAGCGCUUGUUGUUGAGUGGGAUGUUGAUUAUUUAA